AUGGAAAUUUCAGAUCAAAUCAAUAUUGCACACAAGAAACUCGUCAAAGGAACUCGACUGAAAUGGGGAGAUGCAUUCGAGCGAGCUUUUCAGUUCAAUCUCGGAAAUGCUGAGUUCAGUUGUGGUGCUAAAUUGACCGAUGUAUCUUGGCGGAAUUGGGAUCAAAAUGAGGCUGUGAAUCAGUUCGCGGGAGCCCAUGCUCUCCUCAGCGACGGAUGCGUCGAACUGAUUGAGCGUCUCGCUGAGGGUCUUGACAUCCGUUACAGUCAUGAGGUGAGUGAAUGUUUGCAGACCAAGUGA